AUCAUGUAUCAUUAGACCGAUGGUAUAGUGGUAUGGUUGAUGAACUUCUAGAUACGUUAAAUGAAAAGUGGUCAAUAAAAGUUUUUUUGGAAUGUCGGAAAGACGGGAGUUCGACAAUCCAUUUAAUGAGGAAAUUGGUGAACAGGUAUUAACUGAUGAUGCAGGCAAGGUUUCUGAACCAUGGCAUGGUUUAUUAAAGGCAAAUAUUGAAAAAUACUUACAGCAGUUAGAAAAUGGGUUAAAACACACUGAUCCCAAUGAUUAUUCUGUCUAUACUGGAUCAUCAGGUAUUGCUCUUCUCUACUACAAACUUUCAUCAACAGCAUUUUGUCAAAGUACCAAUAACCAACAGCAGUUGCUCUCUCAAGCAUCACACAUUUUGGAAAGCAGUUUGCCAAUGUUAAAAGGAAGACGUCAUACCUUUCUUUGUGGUGAUGCAGGUGUUUAUGCCUUAUCAGCUGUAUUGUAUUCAAAACUUGGAAAGACAAACAAAUGUGAAACAUACAUCGAAAAACUGUGUGCAAUGUGUGAAGUUGUUGUAUCCGAUCGAACAUUACCUGAUGAGAUGUUGUAUGGCAGGGCUGGAUACCUGUACUCUUUGUUGUUUGUACAAACUCAUUUGGGAAAAGAAGUAAUUUCCAGUGCAAUAGUUGAACAGGUUGUUUCAGCUAUAUUAAAAUCUGGUCUGGCCCUCUCACGUAAGGAAAAAAGUCGCAGUCCACUAAAGUAUGCAUGGCAUGGUAAACAUUACGUGGGAGCUGCUCAUGGUAUGGUUGGAAUAUUGUACAUGUUGCUGCAAGUGUACCCAAGUAGUCCUGUGGUGCAGCAACAUACUACAGAAAUCAAGAACACUAUUGAGUAUCUUCUUUCGAAACAAUUCUCAUCAGGAAAUUUCCCAUCAUCUUUGGAAAAUGACUCAGACAGGCUUAUCCACUGGUGUCAUGGUGCCCCUGGGGCUGUGUAUUUGAUGUUAAAAGCUUAUCAGCUAUUUAAGGAUAAGAGGUAUCUUGAUACUGCUAUCUUGUGUGGUGAUGUUGUUUGGAAAAGAGGUUUAUUAAGAAAGGGUUAUGGUAUAUGUCAUGGUGUCUCGGGAAAUGCCUACACUUUUUUAGCGCUGUAUAAACAAACUGGUGAUCAACUUUAUCUUCAUCGAGCACUCAAGUUUGCUGAAUGGACGUUUUCUUAUGGUGAACACAACUGUAGAACUCCAGACACUCCCUACUCCCUAUUUGAAGGACUUGCUGGAACCCUUUACUUCUGGUUAGAUCUUUUCGAGCCUCAGAAAUCUCUCUUUCCAGCAUUUGAACUUUAAAGAUUUAAUUAGAAAAGUAUCAAGUGGUGCUUUGCCAUCAGGCAUUGCAGGUAUAUCGCCGACAUAAAACGAUGCUGGCUCGGAAGGUCCCGAAGGCGAGCCGACUUG